GGGCCCUAAAAACUCCCAAUCCUCUCCUCUUUCCACAGCCAUUUUCUCUUGUUUUCUUUUUUCAUCAAACAGGACCAAAAUGGUUAAUGGAGAUAUGAAAAAUGUCGCCUCCCUGCUUUUGUUACUCAAUUUCUGUAUGUAUGCCAUUAUUUUGGGCAUUGGUGGAUGGGCUAUGAAUAGAGCAAUCGACUAUGGUUUUAUAAUUGGUCCAGAAUUAAAACUCCCUGCACAUUUCUCUCCCAUAUACUUUCCCAUGGGGAAUGCCGCCACCGGAUUCUUCGUGACGUUCGCUUUGCUGGCCGGAGUUGUUGGGGCAGCAUCAGUGAUUGCUGGUAUCAACCAUGUUUGCACUUGGACUGCUGAGAGCUUGCCCUCGACUGCCUCUGUUGCUGCCAUUGCUUGGACCCUUACUCUGCUUGCAAUGGGGUUUACUUGCAAAGAAAUAGAGCACGGUCCCAGGAAUGCCCGUCUGAGAACAAUGGAGGCAUUCUUGUUUAUCCUCUCGGUUACGCAGCUUUUCUACAUAGCGGCCAUUCAUGGAGCUGCAUCCAUAACGAGGAGACCUUGAAUGUAAGAGAUUAAUGGUGGACAAUGGGGUGUCUUCAUUAUUUAUUUUUUGUUUGCUUUUCUUUUUCUUGUUCUGAGUGUACAAACCAAGCCACGAAACUGGCUAAUCGACGUGUAUUUGGUUCGAUUUGAUUGAAUUUGUAUGAACAUGUAAUAAAAUGACUGAUGGAAA